GCUCAGUGAUUUCCUCAGCCACAAGGAACAUAUGGUGUUUUUCACAAGACAGAGCUCAUUCCCUUGACUUUGGACUUCACUUACAGAACCCUUGAAGAAGACGGAAAAGAGAGCAAAAGCAUUCAAGUGGGAAGGGAAGUUCUUUGUGAUCAUCUAAAGUUUCAAUAGAAAAGGAGCCAAGGUUGCUAAGAGACCACCUCAGCAGAAUGCACUUUGGUCUAGCCUCCGCGGACCCAGAAAAGACCAAGGACCUGUCACCUCUUACCACUUGGGAUUUGUUCAGGUAAGAAAGAGGCGCCAAUCUGUGCUCACUGCUAACUACUCCCUCUCUGUUUGUGGACAGAAUUGGAGGUAACUCUGGGAGCACAGACUGAAGAGAAGACCACGCUCAAGACAGCAGGAGUAUUCUGAACAUGACUGGUAAAACCUGGAUAUUAAUUUCUACUACCACUCCCCAAAGUCUGGAAGAUGAAAUUGUGGGAAGACUUCUAAAACUCUUGUUUGUUUUAUUUGUUGACUUGAUGUGUAUUGUGUAUGUUGUUAUAACUUCUUAGAAAGCCCUCUACUUUCCAUAUACAUUUUAAAUUGAACUCCAGUGAAUAAAAAUGUGUAUUUUAAUAUGUUGAGGGAUAUUAAUUUGAUAUUAUCAAUCAAUUUGUUCUA